AUUAAGCUAACAUAGGAUGAUUGCUUGGAAUUUGCAGAAUGGCGAUGUAAAUUAAGCUAAAUUCAAAAUUAAGCUAAAAAAGGUCGCCUUUUUUACGACGGAUCACCGUUGCGGCCUACAGAAACGCGAAACUCCCAUCUUUCUCCUCCUUCCGCUCUGCUCCUAUACGAAACCAUGGAGGAGGAAGGUAGCUGCACAUCUACAUCUACCUUUUCGCACGAAGCGCCCCUGAUCUACUAAAUCCGUCGCCGUAGCCUCAUAUUUCAGCUGUCGUACAUCGCCGAAUCAUUUUCCGUUCUUCUUUUCGGCUCCUAAUCGACGGAGCCCCCAUCACCGGUAUCUGACUUAACCUUAUUUUCCGGAUCCGCCCUCCAUCUCGCGUCCAAAUCGAUUUAUUAGCUGAUCUUCUCUGGCCUAUCCACCGAUUGGAUAUUGUUCAUCCAUGGAAGAAUUUCAUUUUCAAAAUUGUGGCGCAAUUCUUAUCGGAUUUAUAGUAUCAAUAGUCCUGAUUCGACUCUCGUAUGUGUUGUACUGGAGUGGCAGACCUAUCAGGACUGCGUCGCAGCGUGUCAGCACCCUAAUUGUUCUUGGUUCAGGUGGGCAUACUGCGGAGAUGCUUAGCAUUGUAAAUGCACUCGAGAAGGAGAGGUUUGUACCUAGAAUUUACAUUGCGGCUGGCACAGAUAACAUGAGCCUUCAGAAGGCUAGGGUUCUGGAGGAGUCCCUGAUUCAGAAGGGAGAGAUCAGCAGUAAUAAAAACAUGAAAGAGGCUGCAUAUUUUAAGCAAAUUUAUCGUAGCAGAGAAGUGGGUCAGUCGUAUUUGACCUCUAUUUACACAACUUUGGUCGCAAUAUUGCACGCUUUGUGGCUGAUGCUGCAAUUCAGGCCUGAAGUAAUUAUCUGCAAUGGACCUGGGACCUGCAUUCCUAUCUGUCUUGUUGCAUUCAUCUUCAAGGUAGUUGGUGUUAGAUGGUCAUCUAUCUUUUACAUCGAGAGCAUUGCAAGAGUUAAGAGACUCUCUUUAAGUGGGUUCCUGCUUUACAAACUACACUUAGCAGAUCAAUUUUAUGCCCAAUGGCCUCAGCUUCAGAUGGAGUAUCAGAAAGCUCACUAUGUCGGUUGCCUUAUGUAAAGUGAAUGUUGUCAGCGAUGACAUUUUUUGCUACUGAGAGCAUCUUUGAUGGCCCUUGCAUAUGGGAACCCGUCGCCUGCCCUGCGUUUUUUGCUUUAAUGGUGAGAUGCAGAUCACUGGAUCUGCUUUGAUGAUGGAGCAGUGAAGAAUGUGUACUCUCGAACUCAUCUCUUCGCUCCUUUUCUUAAAAAAUUGUUUUCAUACAUAAGAAUUGUGUGGUAUGUAUGCAAAUUCCAGCAAUAAACUCUUUUGGAACGGGUACUUGCAAGCCACGGAAACCUGGUAAAACAGUUUAGUAUGGCAUCUCCAAGUUGGUAUUGAAUUACCCAAAGUU